CAGUGUAGGUCAAUCACUUUUCUUAAUUCCCGUGCGGCCGUGCCCAUGCAAAUAUAGCAACAAUUAUGGAACGGAGGAAGUACAAAUUAAUUUAGCUUUUCAUGAAUCUGAUGAAAAACAGUAUGAGGAUAGUAAUGAAAAAUUUUUAGCAAUGCCAUUAAGAACUCCCAUUUCUAACCUCGCACCUCGACCCUUGAAAGUUCAGAAAGGGGCCUAAAGAUAAUUAUAAACAUUCGAGAGUUAAUUCUAGCAAAUAUAUGAAAAAGCUGAAUUUAUUUAAAAAUAAAUAAUAUGAAAUUUUUCCGACAAAAAAUAUUAAUUUAUUAUUGAUAAUUUUUCUAUUUUUUAUAGAAUUAUAUAGGUUCUUUAGGAUAAGUCUCCUACGAGCAAACUUCAGCCUAGUCCACAAAUCCAGACGCGAGAAGCAAUUAGCAAACUGCAAAAACAUCAAAACCAACCAAAGCAUUCACAAAGCAAAGCAAAGCAGAAGAAGAAAAUAGAAAUGGCAUUACCAGGUACUUUUAACCCAAAUCUCAAUCGUUCUUUACUACUCAAAUCAUCAAUUCAGAAUUCCUGGGAAUCAAUACCCAGAAUUCAAAGCUUCCGCAGAAACCCACCAUCCAAAUCCAUGUUUAUGAUAGUAAAAUGCAACUCCAUUUCAGAAAAUGGAAAUGGGAAUGGAAGCUUGAAGAAUUCACUGUCUAAUAUAGUGGAUAAAAGAGUGGAAGAAUUGUUGGGGAAAGAAGAGAAUAAGGAAUUGUUGGAUAAGCUAAACAAGGCUUCUGAAAGAGUUGAAAUUGCUAGACAAGAACUUGCUGAGAUUGAGAGGCAAGAACUUGAAGCUCAACAAAUGAGGAAAUAUAUCAAUGAACUUGAAAAAAGGGCAUCUCAGAUUGCAGAGUGCCAGGAUGAAGUAUUAGAAGCAAGAGCAAUGGUUGAAGAAGCGGAACGAUCGUUAUCUAUGAACAUGGAGAAGCGGGGGGAGAUCAGCCGAGAAGUAGAGAGGUGGGAAUCAGUAAAAGCCGCUUCAAUAUCUGCGUUGGUAGGAACCCUUGCCGCGGCUCCCAUAUACCUUAAUAAGGUGACAAGCGGUUCCGAGUUGUUGCUUCAAUUAGGAGUCACCUUUGCUAGUUGUGCAUUGUUUGGUGUCACUUUCCGGUAUGUAGUUAGAAGAGAUUUGGAUGAUAGUCAUCUUAAAUCCGGGGCGUCUGCAGCUUUUGCUGUCGUAAAAGGUCUUGCUACAUUGAGUGGAGGGUCGCCCUUGGAGCUGAACACGGAAAGUUUCAUAUCUCACGCUGUGGAUGGGGGAUUCUUGGUGUUGCAGGAUCUGUUUAUAUUCACAUUUGCUGCUGUUAGUUUGGAUUUCUGCUUUAAAACAAGGUUUGUAAGUCCGUUUCCUAUCGUGAACGAUAAGAUCUGAGGAACAGUUUGAUCAAGUCUUGUGUUUCAUGUAAUACUUCUACAGCAGCAGGAAAAUAUGAAUGAUAAAAAAGAGGUUUCCACUUCA